AUGGACGGCCUGCUUGCUCUGCGGAUUUACCAAGACAUCACCGGUAUGGUUGGGAUCCUGGGCAAUGGUUUAGUUUGCUUCGUCAUCUUCAAAGUACGAACAAUGCAGACGCGUACAAACGCCUUCAUAUUUCAUCAAGCAGUCAUCGAUUUACUUGGCUCUAUCAUGAAUGUCUUAAGAAAUGAAAUCGUCUUGCCUGAUACUAUCCCAAGCAACGCUCUGGGCCGGUUUAUCUGCCACUUCUGGUUUUCAAACUAUUCGCUGUUUUACUUCUUCAUUCUAUCGACGUUCAAUUUAUUGGUGUUGACCAUGGAGCGGUAUUUCGCCAUCGUUUACCCCUUCAAAUAUCAGGCAGCAUUCACCACUUGGCCUCGGCUGAAAGUCUCAAUGUCUAUGGCGAUGUGUUGGAUUUUCAAUACCAUUCUGAUGUCGUAUACUUUGCUGAUUUACAAAGAGGAAAACGGUAAAUGUGUUCAGAAUCCGAUCCCAGGAGCGAACAUAAUUGGAGUUAUUGUCGCGGUCUUGCAAUACGUCGUCCCGGUUGCCGUGAUGCUCUUCGCUUACAUUCGCAUCAGUGUGGAGAUGAAGCGGGGAGCAGCCCGUGUCGGCCCGGCACCAGCGCAGCAUCUUCCCGGUGGAGCAAACGCACCGGACAUGGCCGAGUCCCUCCUCCGUGCAAGACGCAACACCUUCAAGAUGCUCCUGAUCGUCUUCAUAACAUUCUUGAUCUGCUGGACGCCUAACCAGGUCAUCUUUCUUAUGUUUAAUCUUGGGAUAGACAUUCAGUUCAAUGGCUGGUUUUUCUUCAUAACUGUUGCAAUGGUUGCCUCAAACUCUUGCGUCAACCCGAUGAUUUACGCUUUCAAGUACCGUCAGUUUCGUAAUGGAUUACGUCAGAUAUUUUGCAGACAACGAAAUCACGCCAAUGAUAUCAGCGCUAUAACGACCGGUACCGGGUAA